ACCGAGCCGGGACCCCUCCGUCCCCCUGUGGGUGUGUGUGUGUGUGUGUGUGUGUGUGUGCAGCUGAACCCGUCCGGAACUCUGAGGUGGGCGGAGACUGAGCCCAGAAGGUCCUCCCGUCCGCAGCGACGCACCGCGCAUUUCGGAGUCCCGCACCCGUCCGAGGAGGAAACAUCAUGGCAACGACUACUUGCACACGUUUUACGGAUGAAUACCAGCUGUACGAGGAGCUUGGCAAGGGGGCCUUUUCAGUGGUGCGCCGCUGUGUCAAACUCUGCACAGGCCAAGAGUACGCCGCCAAAAUCAUCAACACCAAAAAGCUCUCGGCCAGAGAUCAUCAGAAACUGGAGAGAGAAGCCAGGAUCUGCAGAUUGCUCAAGCACUCCAACAUCGUUCGUCUCCAUGACAGUAUCUCAGAGGAGGGCUUCCACUAUCUCCUCUUUGACCUCCAGAGAACCUGCUGCUGGCCAGCAAGUGUAAGAACGCAGCAGUGAAGCUGGCCGACUUCGGACUGGCUAUCGAGGUUCAAGGAGACCAGCAGGCUUGGUUCGGCUUUGCAGGGACUCCCGGCUACUUGUCCCCAGAGGUGCUGAGGAAGGAGGCGUACGGUAAACCCGUGGACAUCUGGGCAUGCGGUGUGAUCCUUUACAUCCUUCUGGUUGGGUACCCUCCGUUCUGGGACGAGGACCAGCACAAACUCUACCAGCAGAUCAAAGCCGGAGCAUAUGAUUUUCCCUCCCCAGAGUGGGACACGGUGACUCCGGAGGCUAAAAAUCUGAUCAACCAGAUGCUGACUAUCAACCCAGCCAAGAGAAUCACUGCCCAGGAGGCCCUGAAACACCCAUGGGUCUGCCAACGCUCGACAGUGGCCUCCAUGAUGCACAGGCAGGAGACGGUCGAGUGCCUGAAGAAGUUUAACGCCAGGAGGAAACUCAAGGGAGCCAUUUUGACCACCAUGCUCGUCUCCAGGAACUUCUCUGUGGGUCGGCAGACUACAGCCCCCGCCUCCGUCAGCAACGUGUCUGGAACCACCGCUGGCAUCGUGGAGCAAGCCAAGAGUCUCCUCAACAAGAAGGCAGACGUCAAGCCGCAGACAAACAGCACGAGAAACAGCAUAGUCACCAGUCCCAAAGGCAACGUCUCCUCUGCUGCACUGGAAUCAUCUGACAGCAGCAACACCACCAUUGAGGAUGAAGAUGUGAAAGCUCGCAAACAGGAGAUCAUAAAGAUCACAGAGCAGCUGAUUGAAGCUGUCAACAACGGAGACUUUGAGGCCUACGCGAAGAUCUGCGACCCUGGUCUGACCUCGUUUGAGCCGGAGGGGCUCGGUAAUCUGGUGGAGGGAAUGGACUUCCACAGAUUUUACUUUGACAAUCUCCUCGCCAAGAACAGCAAACCCAUCCACACCACCAUCCUCAACCCUCAUGUGCACAUCAUCGGGGACGACGCCGCCUGCAUCGCCUACAUCCGCCUGACGCAGUUCGUCGACGGGCAGGGCCGCCCCCGCUCCAGCCAAUCGGAAGAGACCAGAGUAUGGCACCGCAGGGAAAGCCGGUGGCAGAACGUCCACUUCCACUGCUCGGGCGCUCAUGCUGCCCCGCUGCAGUGAUGAGGAAUAUGAGACGGACGAGGAGGCAGAGAGGAGGGCGGAGAGGAGGAAUAACCUGAGAGAGCGUAUCAGUGCUGAGAGAGGCGGAGGUGGAUGGAGGCCGGCUUCAGGGAGUCUGAAGAGUCUGAUACGUUUUUGAGGAUCGUGGUCGUCGUCCUGCUCUCUCCACACCCACCUUGCUCUUCUCUCUCUCUCUCUCUCUCUCUACAACCUCAACCACAGACUGUAACGCCGACGCUACCAUCGCCAAAAUCUACGCUACAGCAGAGGGCACAUCAGCCAAAAAAAAAAAAAGGAAACUCUUACAGCCCGCGUCCUGUCUGUCCUCCGGCGGCGGCUGCUCUCCUGUCUCCCCUUUUACUCCUCUGACGUCCAGUUAUUGUUCCUUCCUUCUAGUAUUAUUAUGGCUGCAGUCUGUUGUUGUGCUCUUUCAACUGUACAGUAUAUUUAUUAGUCCUUUUAAAACCUUUCACCCUUGUUGUUUUUUUGUUUUUUUAAUGACGAGCAUGACUCCGUCCCCGUGUUCUGAUUCCCUGUGGCUGUUUAUUUCUGCACGACUAACGGCUGCCUGUGUGAAACGAACAGUUCCAGUCUCACAGAGAGAGCGACACCGACCGGUGGGUGUGUUUAAUGAUCCCUUCUGUUUGGUUUGCUCAGUGGAACUUUAUUAUUUUCUUUCUCUGGAGUGUAGUUGUCCCCCGACCCCUGACCCCUGACCCCGGCCCUGUCCUCUCUGAGCCGCUCUGUGAGACCAUGCAGCAUGCUAAACUAUUACUGUGGUUCUUAAUUGAUUCUCUGUGUACUGAACAUUGCAAGUUAACUACUGAAAUUAUGACAAUGGUUGAGAUUCUAGUAUCGCGCCGUUUAUGUAAAUCUCCAGUUUUCAUCGUGGUGACUUAACGACAAUUUAUGCUGUAGAUGGUAUUUAAUUGCAUGAUAUUCCGAGUUAAUAACAUUGGUAAGUUGGGUGUUAUCGUGCAUUUUGUUGAUUUCUCUCUUUUUGGACUGAGCUGUUGGUGAGCUAUAAUCUAUUGCCUCUGUUUUCUGGGCUUUGUAAGUGCAUAAACUAUUUUUGUGUUAAUAUGAAGUGUAUGAAGUAUGAAGUGUAAUAUGUGAGGAUACUGGCGAGGAUCGUGACAGAAAAUGCCUUUUUAAAGAAACUGCUGUAUGCAGAUCAGUUUUAAAAUGGCUCUGUACUGAAUCAAAGACAAAACCCAAGAAGCUAUUUUAUCUUCUAUUUGUAGUCGACCAGACUGAAGAAAAUGUCACAUUAGGGUCUUAAUUUAGUUUAGUUUUAUUUUGAAAAUGCAGCAUUUUACUUCAAAUAUUUCAAGAAAAAGACACAAAUAUGCGAUUUAAACAGCUGAACAAGGCCCCGGUUAUAUAGUCUGUAACCUUUAUGCCCCAACCAUCAGUGGAAAACCAGCCUUGUUUUCAGCUUUGUGACAAUGCACCAAUUUCACCUCAAGAGGGGGCCAACAUCCAACAACAGAGACCGAACGUGUGACUCAAACGCAGAGUUCAUGAUACAAAUCUGAGCAGUUGGACCCCCGAGAGGAAGAUUUUCAGUUACUUCUCCUCAAACUGCUUUUACAGUAUUUAUCACGGUUGCUUUGGCUCAACAGAAAAUUAAAAGUUAUUGCACAAAAUGCUUUAACUCAAUAUGAUGUCCUCAAAAACUCACAAAACUGAUAUAUUAGAGCUUUAAAAGAUCAUUUUCACGUCACUUUUUAAACAAAAAUACCAAACAUUGAUCUAUUUUCUAUGAUUGUAAACUGGAUAUCUUUGGAUUGUUUUAAUUUUAGUUGUACAAAACAAUUAUUUUCUAUAAAAGCUCAACAAUCAGUGGAUUAAUCAAAGAAACCAUCAGCAGAUUGAUAAUGAUGAUUAAAAUAAUCAUUAGCUAAUACAUAAUGUAUCAAAGUUUAUCAGAGCAUUAUGUUCAGUUUUAAUCAAUGUUGGAUUUUAAAAUAUAAUUAUCAAAUGAAACUGUCUUAUAAAGUCUUUAUAUUAUAAAACAGCGACAUCAUUUCAUCAUAACAACCAGAAAUGAAAGCAACGUACUUAGAAGUGAAUAUUUAAAACGAUCUUUUGGUGUUUUUUAUUUAUCAAAUACUGUAAAUACAGAUAAUAUAGUCUAGAGUCAUUACAUCCUACAUUUAUACCUAGGUAUCGAGUUUCUGUUUGACCACAAAGUUUGUUUUUAUUCAAGACGCCGAACAUUAGAUAUGUAAUUUAUAAUCUAUUUUGUAAAGUUAACUAUAGAAAAUGCUGAAAAACAUGUCACCAUCUGUCUAACUUAAACAUUCCUAUUCGUUCCUUUAGCUCGUAACAUCUGUUUGCUUUGUCCUGUGGUUGAUUCAGUAGCAAACGAUUGAGGUUAAAGGUUCCUUAAGCGAAGGAUUUAAAUGUAUUUUUACUUCUAAUGAAACUUUUCUUGAUAGUCGCAGUAGCAGUCUUUGUACAUUUCCUGUUCUUUGUGGCACUUUUCAUCCUUCCUGCUUUCUCUUCACAACCACACCUGGUCACCCUCCCUUACCUAUAUCACAAUAUAUUGAUUAUAUAUUAUCUUAUAUAUAUUAAAUCUUAACCCACUGUAUUGUGUCAUAUCACCAGUUUCUUACCAAUACUUUAUGUUGCAUUGCUCCUCUUCUGGUAAUGAUGUUAAAAUAAGGAGACAUGGAGUCAAACUGAGCCAAAGCAAUUGUACAAACACUGCAGAUUUAACUCUUAUUGAUUAGGGAGCCUGUGUUUGAGUCACAUUAACAAACAUAAGUGGGUGAAUUAUUAUAAGACAGACUCUGUGGUGCUUCUCUUUAUUUAUUUGACUGUUUGUAGCACUGAAGCUCUCAGACAGGGCACAGUUCAACCCUUAGUAUCAGUGCUUUGAUAGGAUUACUGCUCACUUUAGAUUAAUAAUCAAUCCAUAUUCCAUUAAUCAGCAUUCGCUCACGUUCCUGAACGGCCUCAGAAGAUCCUCGAGGUUUAUUCUCCUCGGUUCAUAUCAGGAGGCUACCGUAUGUAAAGCUUUUCUUUUUUAAAUUUAUUAUACUGAUGAUGAUGAUGAUUUCUCUGGUGUGCGUUCCGAGUCUUAUCAAUAUUAAAAUGUGAUCAGAUGUAAUCAGUGUGUGAACCAAUAAAACAACA